AUAAGAAUUAGUUGUCAAAAAAUGUAGUUUUCCAUAUCAUUUCAUUUCUAGGCCUCUAGGGAACCACUGUCAUACUUAAACGUCCCGCAAGAUUCCACAAGCUCUUCCGAAUUUUGAGUAGUCGCAACUUAUAUCUUUGGAGGAGCUUGAUCCAUCUCGUGCCACAGCCAAGCCGUGCGAUCACCAUGUGGAUUUCUACGGGAACCAACCCGAGGAUGGCCCUCAUUCGGCAGGGCUACCGGAUCCUGGCCGAGUACAACCUGGCGAAGGACGAGCUGAAGAACAUCUACGCCAUCCCAAGCUAUGCUUGUGGAUUGCACUGGUACGGCGUGCUCUUCGUGCACAGUGGAAUCUAUGCGGGCAGCGUAUUUCGCUUCUCCAUUCUGCUGCCGGAAAGCUUCCCGGACGACCUCAUCCUGCCCACGGUGGUCUUCUCGACCGUCGUUCUCCAUCCGCACAUCUGUCCGCAGAACAAUACCCUCGAUCUGACACCCGUCUUCAAGGAGUGGCGCAAGGAGCAACACCACAUCUGGCACUUGCUGCGGUACAUCCAGGCCAUCUUCGCCGACCCCGAGGGCAGUAUUUGCACCGGACAAUCCUCCGCGGGCGACCUCGUCGUCCUGGAUGAGGUCAACAACAUGGAGGCCUUGAACAUGUUGGCCAAGAGUCGGCCCGAGUUCAUCAAACGUGUCCAGGAACAGGCCAAUGCCUCGCGACUUCGCAUGUACGACCGACCACAUACGGACGAUCCCCACUACAUCAUCGUGGAGCCCUAUUGUGCGGAUCGGCAUCUCAAGAUUAUGGACCAGCUGAAGAGUCCCUGCUGGAAGGAGGCCACAUCAGUGGACUACUCGCACCCGUCUGAGUAUCUGGGACAUAUGGACUCCUCAAGGCAGCUGGACGAGGAGGAGGCCUCUCAGCUGGAGAAGCUCCACAUUUCUCAAAUACCGGAAUCCCAGCGUGACAUGGCUGUGGCAAGUCAGUAGUUGAAGGCAGCACAUACACAUUUGUUUUCAUACAAUAAAAGAAAAAACUUA